AUGGUUCUCCGCGGCGUUACUACCGUGUCUGCCGCAGUUGUAGGCUCUGCAGCAGCUUCUGCUGCUCUCCUCCGUAGGCAUCAUAACAGAAGCAAGGUACCUGAGGGCACUCGGUACUACAUAACAGCAAAUGAUAGUUCAUUUGGGGCCCCCCCCUUAGGGGGGGCCUCUGGGGGUGGGGCCUCUUGGUUAGAACCUGAGAAGCGGGGCCCUACAGGAGUCUUUCGUGGGCCUAUUACUAAUACAUUCACUGAAAGUAUAAAGGGUGUGGGUGUUGCGUUUGACGCUAGUACGAGGGGCCUCAAGUGCUGUUUAAUUGAGGCAGAUGAUUUUGCUGCGGGAACUUCCAGCAAAAGCACCAAAUUAAUUCAUGGAGGCAUCCGGUAUUUGCAAAAGGCAUUUGAAGAUCUCGACUGGGGGCAGUGA